UAAGCUGUUGCUGAGGCAAAAGAAUUGAAAAAACAAAAGGAGAGAAAAAAAAGUGUAAAGCAGAGGAUUCUAUAGCUUUUCAAUUUUCUCAUUCUCUUUUGCUUUUUUUCCUUCAUUUUCCUUCGUUUUCUCUCUCAAGAAAAUUCAAGCUGUCUCCAACCCAUUAGUUUUCCUCCAUUGUUCUCUUCCUUUCUGCAACAGGUGUCUAAUUGAUCACCAUCUUAUUGUUCUGAAUUUCUCUUGAGAAACCAAAUGGAGUAGAAUUGAAGGUGCAAAAUAGUAAAUCUAGUGUUUCAGGUUUUAUUUUAUUUUUUAUAUUUUCUUUAUGCUUUGGCUCUGUUUUCUCAGGAACCAAAAAGGAAUUAUCGUUGUGUUUUUUCUAUUGAAACUGAUAUAUUUGUUUGAUAGAUCUAACGGGUAUUUGUUUGGUUUAUGCUUCCGAAACAGAUUGGAAAGAGAAACAAGUUGUAGAGAGAAAGUGAGGAAUAGUGAUAGAGAAAUGGGUUUUGACGGAUUGAAGAUUGGAAUUCAAAUCAAGAGAGGUUUGAUCUUUUCAACCAGAAUAUGUUAUAGAUCAGUAUGUAAUCAUCCAUUUCUGGUGGGUUUUGUGUUUUUCUUGAUUUUUCUGUACAGAUCAUUUCCUUUUGUGUUUUCCAUAUUGGUGUCAUCUUCCCCAGUUUUGGUUUGUACUAUUGUUUUGCUUGGAACCCUUUUGAGUUUUGGGCAACCACACAUACCUGAAAUCGAAAAAGACGUUGAAAAAGAAGUCGAAAAAGAAGAGAAGAUAACCCAUGAAAUUGCAGCUUUGAAAUCCCGGUCAGGGGUUUUGGAAGAUGCUGUUGUGGUUGAGAGAGGUGAGAGCUUUGGUGUGGAUAGAUACACAGGAAAAGGAGUGGAUGUGGUAGAGAAGGCCAUUGAAGAUAGGGGCUUAGAGGAGAUUGAUGUCUGUAAGGUUGAGAAAGGUGAUGGUUUGCUUGAAUGUGCUCCAUUGAUUGAAGAAAAAUCUCGGGAAAUUCAUUUGGAGAAGCCGGUGAUCGAGGAAGAGGAGGGAGAUUUUCAUGAUUUCCAGUGUGGACCGACUGAGGAAAUUCAUGAGGAGAAACCAAGGGUUGAAGGUAUGUUGGGUGAAAGCGAAGUUGUUGAGAAUCACUACACUUUGAUUCAAAGUUUAGAAGAUGAGGAUCAUGAAGUGGAAAAUGAUAAAUCGCCAGUUGGGCUUGUGGUUGCACGGAUGGGAGAUAGCUUGGAAUUUUCCCCAGGGUUAUCUUGGAAGCAUGAGGAGGACAACAAUGAGCCUUCGGAUUCUGGGUCCGAUGGAGGAGAGAGUUCAUCUCCAGAUGCUUCAAUGGCUGAUAUUAUACCAUUGCUUGAUGAGCUCCACCCACUUUUAGACUCAGAAUCUCCUCAGCCUGCUCUUAUCUCCCAUGAUGACUCGGAUGCAGCUUCAGAACGGUCUCGUAAGAGUAAUGAUGGCAGUGCUGAGUCAAGUGAGGAUACUGAAAACCAACAAGAAGAAGAUGAUGUUGAUGAUGAAGGUGAUGACGAUGAGGACGAUGAGGAAGAAGAGGCACAGGGCAGUAAAGUAGAUGAAACUAAAUCUGGAAUCACUUGGACAGAGGAUGACCAAAAGAAUCUAAUGGAUUUGGGAACUUCUGAGCUGGAAAGAAAUCAACGACUGGAGAAUCUUAUCUUAAGGAGAAGAGCACGGAAAAACAUGAAAGUGGUGGCUGAGAAGAAUCUUAUAGACUUAGAAAGUGCUGAUCCUCCCUUCUAUGUCCCUCCCAUUUCAACAACAAGGCGCAAUCCUUUUGAUAGCCCUUGUGAUUCUUAUGACGAUAUGGGUUUACCACCCAUUCCUGGAUCUGCUCCUUCCAUUUUGGUACCGAGACGAAAUCCUUUUGAUCUUCCUUAUGACUCUAGUGAAGAGAAACCUGAUCUUAAAGGAGACAGUUUUGAACAAGAGUUCAUGGCAUUUCACCAGAAGGACAUGCUCUUCCGAAGACAUGAAAGUUUCAGCCUGGGAGCUUCAUCUUUUGGGGGUCCUAGGCACGAGAGGCAACACAUCAAAUGGAGACCGUAUUUUGUACCAGAACGAAUGGCUGGGGAAGGGACAAGCUAUCCUGUGUUUGAAAGACAAUCAAGUGGAUUUAGUGAUUCGAAGGCAAGCUCUGUCCCUGAAACUGAGUCAGUAAGUUCAGCUGUGGAUGAGGAAGAUUCCAAGGUAAUUGACCAAGAUGUUUCUCAGGAAACAGAGGUCAUGCCCAACAUAGACCAUGUAUCUGACCAUGUUGAAGAUGGAAGACAAUCUUCUGAAGAUUCUGAUUCUGAGGAGGGUGACCAAGUCGAGAAGACAGAAAUUGAUCUUAAUGUGGUUGCACAGCCUGCAGAUGAGGUAAAUCUCCAUGAAAUUGAAUCAAGCUUUGCAACUCCUAUAGAAUUGGACAUGAGUGAAGUUUGUCUGGAAGCAGAAGCAGGUGAAGAGAAAUACAGCAGCAGGUCAAGCUCAUCACGAUCGUCAGAAGUGAGUGACCACAGCUUUGAUUUGAAACCAGAUGAAGAGUCAUCAAUUUUGGAGUCAAGGAAAGCUGAGGUUAUUGAGGAAUCUGGAAAUCAAAUACAGCCUUCACAAGAAGGGUCAGGUUUCAGUUUUGUUACUGGGAUUGUGGUUGAACAUCCUCACAAGGAGCCUGUUUAUGAUUCGAGCCCACCAGCAGUUGAGAAGAAUCUCUCUUCUUCAUCCAUUUCUUCUGAUCUGCCAGUAGAAAUGUCUGAAAUUGGUGUACCUACCACCGCAUCAUCUGAAACGACUGCUCCUUUGGCAUGUAAAGAAUCUGAAGUCAGUAAAGAAAUCAUGGAGGGUGCUUCUGGUAAUGAGGAGACAUGGGCAACCUCAUCGCAACUGCAUGUGGUAGAUGAAAAUGAAUCGAGAUCAUGGGAAGUUAAAGAGAUGAGGGAGCAUGAUGAUAUAAAGUUUGGGUUCUCAGCAGUUGACCAGAAUUCUGAUAAUCCAAUAUCUGUGGUGCCCAAGUCUGUGCCUGAGCAUGUUUCAACUGAUUCAAGUUCAUCUGCUUCAGACACUGAAUCAGUAGAGGAGGUUGUGAUGCAUAAAGACGAAAGUUUUCAGCAUGAGCAGGAUCAAGUUGACCGAUUAAAUUUUGGUGUGGAGUUUCAAACUAGGGAAGUACACCAAGAGGUGAGUGAGAAUAGGGACUUUAUGACUUCUAGAGAUCUGGAUAUGCCUUCUGAAAGUACAACAUUGUCUGCCAUGGAGGAACAACAUCCUUCAUUGGUGGUUGAGCAAGUUUCAGUGGUUCAUCCCAAUUUGUCUUCAUCGGAGACUAACUCAGUAGAGGAGGAUUCAGCAGAUGAGGAAGAAACACUGCAAUUUGAACAUCACCAAGUGCACUCAGCAGGUUAUGAUGCAAAGAUUGGUAAUAAUCAAGAUGUGGAUGAGAAGCUGGUUUCUGUGGAUGUUUCCAAUUUAUCUUCAUCAGAGACUAAAUUAGUGGAGGAGGAUUCAACAAUAAUGGAAGAUACUCUUCAGUUUGAACGUAACCAAGUAACUUCUCCGGGUUCUGACGCAAUUAUUGGUGAUCAACAAGAUGUGGAUAGGAAGCUGAUUCCUGUGGAUGGUUCCAAUUUAUAUUCAUCAGAGACUAAAUCAGUGGAGGAGGAUUCAACAGUAGUGGAAGAAACUCUUCAGUUUGAACAUGGCCAAGUACCCUCACCAGGUUCUGAUGCAAAGAUUGGUGACCAACAAGAUGUGGAUGGGAAGCUGGUUUCUGUGGACAGUUCUAAUUUACCUUCAUCAGAGACAAAAUCAGCGGAGGAGAAUUCAACAGGUAAAGAAGAAACUCUUCAUGACCAAGUACACUCACCAGUUUCUGAUGUAAAGAUUGGUGAUCACCAAAUUGUAGAUGAGAAGCUGGUUUCUGUGGAUGGUUCCAAUUUAUCUUCAUCAGAGACAAAAUCAGCAGAGGAUUCAACAGGUAACAAAGAAACUCUUCAAUUUGAACAUGACCAAGUACACUUAUCAAGUUCUGAUGCAAAGAUUGGUGGCUACCAAGAUGAGGAUGAGAAGCUGGAUGAUGGUUCUCAAAAUGUGUCUCCCCGGGAAAUGUCUUUGUCUGAACUGGAGAAAUUGCUGCCUUCAGCUCUGUCAGAUAAAUCUACAGUCAAACCAUCUUUGGAUGCUCAUGAAGAACCCCAUGAACCAUAUAUUAUCCCGUUGGAGUGUAUUGAGGAAGUAGGCAUCACCAACAAUCUGAAUGUGCUGAGGAGCCAUGAGCUUGAGGAUAACAUUUCAUCAUAUCCCUCUCUUACCUCUAUCUUGUCUGAGGUUUCGGAGAACAGAUCAUCCUCAUCUGCUGUAGAUCCAAAAUAUGACGCAGUUGAUGGAAUUGAGAUUGACAGCCAGAAACUUUCUGGUUUAGUACUCUUAGAUUUUCCAGUGGCAGCGUGUCAUGUUCUUGAGGAAAAUGUUGAUGAUGAAGAGGGAGAUGAGAUAAAGGAGUUUGAUGAAGGGUUGUUGGCAGAAUUGGAUAGAGUUGGUGACUUUAGUGUUAAUGGAGUUGGAUCGAACUUGAAUGAGAUUGAAGAGAGAGGCACCCUUCUUAUGCCACAUGAUACUGAAACCAGGACUAUUCGAUUUGUUGAAGAUGAUUGUAAUGAAGUUGAUGAAAGUAAGGUUGUUAUUGAAGAGGAGAAUGAUAAAUUUCUAGAAGUCAAAGAGAGUGACUCAGGGUUUCAGUUGUCUAGAGCUAGCUCCAUUGAACAUGUUGGUUCAUUCUCUAGGGAAUUUGAUGAUGGAGAAGUCAAGGAUUCAAAGCCCAACCAGGAACCAAUUACCAAUUUAGAGAUGUUAGUUAUUGAAGCCCGGUCUCUUGAAGACAUUGAUUUAGCUUUUAAGGAUGCUGAGUCAGUUUCAAAGGAAACUGAAGUUAAGUUUGCAGAGUCCAUGCUGCCUGACUUUGACAUCAAUUCAGGCAUGCCAACGAUUGAAGCACGGUCUUUUGAAAACAUUGAUUUAGCUUUGAAGGAUGCUGAACCAAUGUCAAGGGAAGCUAAAGUUGAGGAUGCGGAGCCCACGAUACCCGAUGUUGAAAUCAGUUCAAGGAUGCCAAUAAUUGAAGCGCGAUCCCUUGAAGACAUUGAUUUAGCUUUUAAGGGUACGGAAUUAAUGUCAAAGGAAGCCAUUGUACCUGACCUUGUCAUCAAUUCAGGCAUGCCAAUGAUUGAAGCACGAUCUCUUGAAGACAUCGAUUUAGUUUUGAAGGAUGCUGAGCCACCAAUGUCAAUAGAAACUGAAGUUGAGGCUUCAGAGUCCACAAUACCCGACAUUGAGAUCAAUUCAAUGAUGCUGGUCACUGAGGCGCGAUCCCUAGAAGACAUUGAUUUAGCUUUUAAGUAUACGGAAUCAAUGUCGAAGGAAACUGAAGUUGAAGGCAACUCCAACGUACCUGAAAAUGACAUCAAUUCCAUGGUAUACAAAAAUGAUGUCAAUUCUGAGAUGCUAGUGAUUGAAGCCCGAUCCCAUGAAGACAUUGAUUUAGCUUUCAAGGAUACCAAAUUAAUGUCAAAGGAGACUGAAGUUGAGAUUGAGGAGUCUAAGGUACCCGUCCACGAGAUCAGUAUGGAGAUGCCAAUUAUUGAAGCACGAUCCCUUGAAGAUAUCGAUUUAGCUCUAAAUGAUGCUGAACCAAGGUCAAAGGAGUCAUUUCCCGACCUUGAGAUCAAUUCGGUAAUGCCAGUUCUUGAAGAUCGAUCUCUUGAAGAUAUUGAUACAGCUUGCAAGAAAAACAUUGAAGAAGAAGGUGAGAAACCUAUCUUUGUGGAGUCUGCACUAUUUCCAAAAGAUUUGGAGCUGCCAGUUCUUGAAGCAAGGGCAAUUGACGAUAUUGAUUUGAAUUUCAAGCAACUCCAUGGUGGAGUAGAUCUUGAGAAAUCCAUCGUUUCCGGUCCAAUUGAUGGAAAACCCUUUGUUGAAUCCAAAUAUCUGGGGGAAGAAACAAACUUAGACCUACAAAUGGUAGAAGCAAGAUCACUAGAAGAUAUUCUCAAGGCUCUAAAGCAAGCCUCAGAAGGUAAUGCAGUAGACAAGGGGAGUUCCUCCAAGGAAAAUGAAUCCAGAACCGAAGAAUCUGGCACUCAGAGCACAAGUGCCGCUCAGACACUAGACCAUUCAAUUGGAAAUUGAGGAUGUGGGGUUUGACAAGAAAUGGUCUAACUCCAGGUCUGAUUGAAGAUGAUAAAGAAACAAGAAAAUAGUGGAUUGGAUUUCGAUGUUCUUCCAGUUUUUUUGUACGCGAUUACCAUUUUUUCUUGGUUUUGAUUUGCCUGUAUCUUUAGGUUUCAAGCAGCGUUUUGGUUGAUUGAUGGCUUCAAGAAUGAGUUUUUGGUUUGAUUUCUUGAAGUAUGAAAAUUUUCCUUGUAUUUCUAAAAAAGUAAGUAGUUUGAGGAGUUUGUAGUCUGGCUGUAUUGAGUUGCAUAUUGUAAAUUUGCAUUUUGUGAAUGUAGAAGUGAUUGAUUUGAGUA